AUGGCCGAGCUUGUGGCAGGUGUUCAGUACGGCCUAUCCUCGCGAAAUUCUAUCGAAAAACCUUCAAUAUUUUUUGUUAAAUUAACGGAUUCAGCUGUUCGUUCUAUAGAGGAAUAUUAUAAAAAUGCGGAAACAAAAAAAAAAAAAAAAAGAUAG